AUGACGGUGGUCGUCAUCGCGCACCGGCUGUCGACCAUCCGGAACGCCGACCGCAUCUGCGUCGUCAAGGGGGGGAGGGUCGCCGAGGAGGGCCCGCACCACGAGCUCAUGGCGAGGCCGACGGGCGUCUACGCGAAGCUCCUCUCGAAGCAAGUGGCGCUCCACUCGGGCUCGACCGGCUCCCUCUGA